AGGAAACGGAUCAAGUGUAACACACAACGGCCAUUCCUUUAAAGUGCAGCGGCUGAACCAACGUGUUUGUCGAGCCUGUGAAUAAAUAAUAACCACAGUAACAUUAUAACCUACAGUCUUCGACACGAUGGAGGACAACGAUUUGCGGUAAGUGUCGAGCGAACCCUCCUCGACCUUCCUUUCCUAGCCGAAGACACGUCACUAACAGACGGAUAACCACAGCAGAGCAGUCCGAGGAACACUCGGCUCUCUGCGUGAAACCCGAUUAGACCCGAAGUGAAAACUCGUCCCAAAGCAGCCGCACGUCUGCGCGGCGGCUCCACCACCUCUGGGUCCAACCCUCCAUCCGCCUUGGAGAAGGAGGCGGUGGCGAGACGGUUGACUGACGGGCCGUGGCUGUGUUGACACUCCAGAGCCGAGCCAGCCCCCGGGACCCAGACCGGCCGACAUAUUCCAUCUCGUUUGACAGCACAUGAGAGAGGACCAGAGCCGGUUCGUGUCUAUAACCACCGCGGGAUGCUGCGGUCCCUGCGACGGGUCACGGGACGGUGCGGUGCCGAGGCGGUUGAGCGGACGUGUUCACAGGUUGGUGAUUUGUCAGCGUGCAGGGGGAGCCAGAGGAGACGUACAUGUAUAGCGUGAGUCUCGAGGAUUCACAGAGCCACAGGCUCACGUUAAAGGGAAGAAUAGGCGGCGCCUGCUAAUUCCUGGUCCAAGACAAACAUCCGACGACAAUGACACUUCCACCGUUCACAGGUCGGAGUUUAUUCACUGAAGUUGCCGCUCGGACCGGGGCCACGAGCAGCGUGUGAGCGGCUCUUCCUGCCAGCAGAGGAUCGUCUGCCGUCUGACAGAUAGCCAAUCAAAGCGGGUGUUCCCGUCGGCGCUCUUAUGUCAGUGACCUAUAUCUCAUGCAUGUGCGCCAAGAGCCCACAGUAACCUCAGCACCACAGCAGACAGCAUGGGGAUCAACGGGUUAGACAAUCAGGCGCAGCCGUCCAGCGGCGAGUGCCGCACGGAGCAGCCGACGGCAGAUCCCCAGAUGGAGCAGGGGGAUGCUCCCCGAGAAGCAGGCGGCGGCAAGAGCGACCAGGGGCCGGGCAGCGAGCGCAAAAUCGUACAGGAGGACAGCACCGUGCAGCUGAUCGAGGCCGGGUGCAAGCCGCCCGUCUCCCCGGCUUCGGACUCGGAGGCGGGGAUGCAGUCGGCGAGAACCGGACACGAGUUUGUCCCACCCGAGGGGGGUUUCGGCUGGCUGGUGGUGCUCGCAGCCACCUGGUGCAACGGGUCCAUCUUCGGGAUCCAAAACUCUUUUGGCAUCCUGCACAUGAUGCUGGUGAAGGAGCACGCAGACCCAGACGACAAGACGUCUCAGUUCAAAGUGGCCUGGGUCGGGGCCCUGGCCAUGGGCAUGAUCUUCUUCUGUUCCCCAGUGGUCAGCAUGUUCACCGACCGCUUUGGCUGCAGGAAGACGGCUGUCUGCGGUGCACUGCUGGCUUUCAUAGGCUUGAUCAGUACAUCCUUUGCAAACUCCCUCGGCCUUCGUUAUUUUACUUACGGAAUACUGUUCGGCUGUGGCUCCUCAUUCGCGUUCCAGCCCUCGUUGGUCAUCCUCGGCCACUACUUUCGUCGACGCCUGGGACUGGCCAAUGGCAUAGUGACAGCCGGUGCCAGCCUCUUCUCCAUGGGCCUCCCAGUUUUCCUCAACAAGGUGGUGGAACCUCUGGGCCUCAGCAGGACCUUCCAGAUCCUCAGCCUCUUCAUGCUGGUCCAGGCGCUGCUGGCGCUGGCGUUCAGACCUUUAAUGCCUGCUGGAGGAGGCAUGGGACCCCCGGGCAUGGGUCCUGGCUCUGCUGAGCCCCAAACCCAGUCGGGGGCUACUGCUCAGGGUGCGAGCUGUUGGAGCAGGGCUCUAUCUGGGUUCAGGAAAUACUUCAACCUGCGUGUGUUUCACAUUGUGACAUAUCGGCUGUGGGCGUUUGGAGUGGCUACCGCUGUGCUUGGCUACUUUGUACCGUAUAUACAUCUGAUGAACUUUGUGAAGGAGCGCUUCGAGGGGACCGAGAAGGAUUGGGUUCUCCUGGUUUGCAUAGGAGCUUCGUCUGGGGUGGGACGCCUUGCUUUCGGAAAGAUCGGAGACCUCAUUCCAGGCCUUCAAAAGAUCUACAUGCAGGUGGUGUCCUUCAUCGCUCUUGGCCUGAUGUCCAUUUUGAUUCCUCAAUGCCAUGCGUUUGAGGCGCUGGCGGUAGUGUGUGUGUUCCUGGGCUUGUGUGACGGCUGCUUCCUCACAAUGAUGGCGCCCAUAGCUUUCGAGCUGGUCGGGCCCAUGAAGGCCUCACAGGCCAUAGGAUACCUGCUGGGCCUCAUGGCUCUUCCCAUGACGGCGGGUCCACCCAUCGCUGGUCUCCUACAUGAUUACUUUGGGAACUACACAGUAGCCUUCUCCCUGGCUGGGGUGCCUCCUAUGGUGGGGGCCGUGGUGCUGUUCUUUGUGCCCCUGAUGCACUCCAGGCUCCAGCGAGGCAAGGCCGGGGCAUCACCAGAGGAGACGUCCACCACCGCCCACAUGUUGCCCACCACGCCACAAGCAGAGGAGCCAAAGAGCUGCACCAAUGGAGACAUCCUCCCCGGCUACACUGACGUAGAGACCCACAUCUGAGUCGCACUGUACAAAGGGAUUCAGCCCACCAGCACCUUUUCUCAUCCUUCGCUCCUCACAACCAGAGCUCUCAACCAUGGACUUCUGUUUGCUGACCUUAGCCCUCAUUGGCUGUUUUGUUAUUAUUACAUGGAGAGAAGUGGAAAAGGGCACUCUGGCUACAAACUGCAGAAAGGGCAAAAAACAGGUGCAUCAGGGUAGUAUGAUGGACACAUUUAGGGAGGAUAAGCACAACAAAGUCUUUACUCUGAUUUUUUCAUCAGUGGGGACUCUGUAGUAAUAUAAACUUUACCUCCAAGAGGAAAGAAAGGAAUAGAUUUUACCUGACAGUGGUAGUUUCUGAUUUCACAGCAAGUUUGACCAGAAAUAUAUUAUAUUACAUAUAUUUUCUUGUCAUAAAAAUGAAGAAUAGUCAUAUUUAUGACUAAAAAUGACUAUUCUUUGUUUUAGAUUCCUUGUAAACCCAUUGUGAGGUAUAUAAAAAAUGAACAAGUGAAGGGAUAAAUUCUCAAUUUCUUUACGUAGUACCUCAUGCAUCAAAGUUUUCUCAACACACUGCAGGUUUUACUUUAUUCUACUGUUUUCUGCUGAGCCAGCGACAAGAGAAACAUAUGUACAGUACAUGUUGUAAAUGUCAGUUGAAAGUUCCUCUGAGAGAUCAACAACCAGACACAAUCACCUCAGUUCAACUGCACACUGUUCCAAACCGUGCUCAAAGGGUCUCAAACUCAACUACUCAACCAUCCUGCCUGCACGGGAGACACAUAUGUGACUUAGGCAGCUGCUGAUUCCACUGAUUUAUUUGCCACGGACUUGUGUGUUAGAUCUUCCAGUGUUAUAUUAUAGGUCAGUUCACUCAGAGGUGAGCAGUGAGAUCAGUGCAUCUCCUACACGGAUCACCGAGAGGAAACACCACAGUCGAUACAAGGUCAGCCUUAACUUUCAGCUUUCGAUUACGUUUGCUUCUCCAAUAAUUCAACACUUCAUUUGUCUUAUUGGCCUUUAAAAUCUUUAGUAGGGUGCUAGAUAAAUCUACAUGAACUGUUUGCUAUGAAUAGUUUUUUAGUGUGCACACUGUCUACUCAUAUUAGUAGAAAAAGCUGGAAUCAAGCAGGCCUCAUGGCAGAUAGACGAUUGUCCUUAACUUUAGAUUUUCAUCAUAAUAACAAAAGGCAUUUUUGGACAUUUUUUAUCUUGAGUUAUCCUGUGUAUGAAUGAGUGUCUGUGUGAGUACUUGUUUUUGUUGCCACUUUAGGACCUUUUCCUGCAUAAAGACUGACCUCGUCAGGACCAGUAGACCUCAUGGGGACCACAGCUUGGUCCUGAUGGGGCAAAACUGAAUUUUUGAGCCUCUGGUUAAGGUUAGAGUUAAUAUGUGAAUGGUGGUUAGAUUAAGGUAAGGGUUGAUUAUGAAUUGUUCAUGGUAAAGGUUAGGAAUAAAGUCCACCACGAUUUAAAGUCGUUGCAGAGUCCUAGUCAGGAUGGCUGCACAAAAAAAACCUGUGUGCGUUUGUGUGUGUGCGUGUACAUGGGCACGUGUGUGUCUGUGUGCGACACCUGUGCAUCUGAAUUAGUAGUAGAGGCAGUUCUGUAAUAUGAAACUACGAUGUUACAGUCUGUUGAUAAGAAGGGGACUUCUGAGAUUAAAACUGCCAAACGGCCACUUCACAGAAACAAUGAAUCUGCUGCUGUAGUUUAGUCUAAUCAUGAGCACCUCCAUCACUGUGUCAGCAGCUGUGAAACAGAACGUUACAGCCUGCUGUCUUAGAUUACAAUGGACUCUAAUGAACAGAUGUGAAGUAGAGCUGCAAUAAUGGACAGUUUUUAGUGUUUUGAGUUUGGGUUACACUCUUUAUUAUCUGCGUAGCUGAAUACCAGUGGGGGGUGGGGGGGGUGUAGUAGGAACAGGGAAAAGGAAACGCCCUGGUGUUGAGGUGGUAUUCCUUUCUUUCAACGCCCCGUGUUGCUUUCACUGCCAUUAUUCAGUCUGUGUUACAACACUUAAGGACCGUACAGCUACACAAACCUUACUGCUGGGUGUAGCUUUUUUUGGUGUGUGUUUGUGUUUUGGGAUGAUGACGCCAGAUUACAAACUGUUCUGAAUAGGAAACACUUAUACCUCAGUGAUCAAUCAAUCAAUCAUUCCUCAGCUGUUUAGGUGUGAACGCUUGGACAUUCUUCAUUAUCUUUGUGGUUUGUUGAUGCAGUCUGAGUCUUAAAACCAUUAAGUUGCCAAAUGCUAGUUUUUUUUUCACAUCCUCUGAACAAAGCUCAUUAGUGUCCGUUUAAGCUUUAUGAAAAACUGACUUCCCUUCCUCAUGAUCAGUUGGUGCAAGAUAUAUCCUUCCCAUUGUGUUUUUGCCUUUCCAUCCAUUUGGCCUGAUGUUUUUCAUCAUUUACUACGGAAUUUCUAGUUGUCAGUUGCUGUAGCUUGUCUUUAUCACGGCCUGAUUUCCUUGUCUGCAAUUCAAAAUGCAGUUAAUUUAAAAUGUCUAAAAUUCUUAACUGAAGUGCGGUGGUAUUUAACCAUGAGCAGUGGCAACUUUUAAUUGUUAACUGGUUGUUUAAAAGCAAAAUCACAGACCUCUAAUUUGACUGAGGCAGUGUUAAAAUCUCUUUGCAGCACAGAUGUUAAUUUGUAGCUGCACAGAAAAAGGUAGGGAAUCAUUAAAGCUACGGGCUGCGUGAGUGGUUCAACUACCAGCUAUAUAAGCUAACCAAUAUCAUACAUUGUGAUCACAAGUUAGCUUUAUUUCAAUUUAGCCAAAUUGAGAUUCAUCAUCUUUCAACUCCUGUUAAAUCUUCAAAAAUCACUUAAAAUGAUGUAUGGCUAACUUCCUGCCUAUUAAACAAUAGGCAGAGCUAAACAUGAUAGUUUUAUUUUUGUGAUAAGAAGGUUGCAGGAGAUGCUUUUUAAACUACACAACUGCUUGGAAAAUGAGUAGCCCAUUAACCUAAUAGCUGAUUUUUUUGUCAUUUCAACCCACAAUUUAAAGAUGAUGAUAUUUUGUUUCAUCAGAGGAUAAAUAGGUUAAAUUGUUUGCUGUAUCCUCACAUUCUGCUGGUUUGCACAGCCUUUCCCCAGUGAACGCAUAGCGUUGCAUGUUACUGACAUGUUGCACUAGUUUACUAGUUUGCUGAACUAGACACACGUGUGACAGAAUCUAGCAAAUGAACUAGUGAAUGAAAAGUCCGCAGGGGACUUUAAACCUCUGGCAGCCAUAUUGGACAACCUCAGCUGCUAUAGGCUGAAUGUGUUUCUAUGAAUGAAACAAAUCCGUCUAAAACGAAAAUUCUCUAGAGUCAUUUGAUUUAAAUGUGUUAUUAUUAUCACUGUGAACUAAUAAUUUCUUUUUGUGUUGAACAUGUCGCCUCGUUAUCAUCCGCUGUUGUUUUGUAAAACACAUUUUGGAAGAGACAAGGAAUAAAAACAAGACAUUUGAGUUACUAUUCUGCCUUAUAGAUAAACCAGAGCGUGUAGCUACAGAUUGGAGUCAAAACAGCAAAGCCUAUAAAACGUUUUUAAGAUCUAAAUGUGACUUUUUACUUCUUAUUUUUCUGUUUAGUUUAUGGUUAUUUUCUGUUCUGAAUCUAUCUGAAAAAGCUUAGUUACUUAGUUUCAGUAGAGUCGGCCCUGGAUUCUGGUCAGAACCAGCUGAGGCUCCUUUUUAACUCUACUGUAGAUUAAAAUAGAUUAAACUGAUAUAUGUAUACCAACAUAUGUACUUUACACUUUUUUUUUUAUUAAACAUAAACAGUUUUAAUAUGUUCUAUGAUUUUUUGGGGGUUGUGUUUUAAUGAUAUAAUUCAAAGACUACUGGAAAAAAAGAUGAACUGUUAGUGAGUUGUAUCUAAAAGUGAAGGAGCUGGUUGCAUGAAGAAUGAUUCAAUACAUGUGAUUGGUAUUUGCCAGAUUUUUGGGCUUGUGGUCCUGCAACUACUUCUCUUCCUGAAGUCUAAACACAAAACCAUGGAUGUUUGACUUUGACUCCCGAGUUUUUGUUUCAGGAAAAGCUAAAUCCGUCGUAGAGCUCCUUCUAUGUUAACCAACAUGUAUCACACUAACACUCAUUUAGUACUUAGUUACUUAACACUUUUUUAUCACUAGGAAGUUUUAGGACUCUUCAUUGUUUUGCCUGACAAUCAAAGCUUCUUAUUUCUCUUCUGGUGCUGCUUACGACACACAUUACACAGGUCAGAGAUAAAUAUUGGCACAUUAAACACAUCAGGCUUCACAUGAAUAAAAACAGGCUUCUGUUAAAGGUUCAGUGUGAAGGAUUUAGUGACAUCUAUUGGUCAGGUUGCAUGUUGCAGCUGAAUGCCCCUCACUUUUACUCUCCCCUUGAAAGAGAACCUGUGGUAGCCUUCAGUUGUCAUAAAAACUCAAAAGGUGUUUAGUUUGUCUGGUCUGGGCUACUGUAAAAAAACAUGGCGGCCUCCGUAGAGAGGACGCACUCCUGAUUUAAAUAUAAAGUAUUUAAAUACAAAGGGCUCAUUCAAGGGUAAAGAAAACCACAAUUUGUACAGUUUAGAUGAAUCACACAGGUGAUUACCUUAUAUAACAUUUCAGCUAAUAGAUCCCUUUCACCUAAAUCUUACACACUGGACCAUUAAACCCUGUUUCUAAGCGUGAUUUAGUUUCUCAGUUGUUUCAAGCAUUGACUUUAAAGUUUGUAAUAUCUUAUUCCACUGCAGCGUCAUUUCAUUCAGCAUUAACUUCAAUUUAUUGCUGAUAAUCUUUCUUUCAAAACCUGACUUCUCCGUUGUAACGCCAUUAGGCUUUUCCACUGGCAGGAGAGGAAAAAAAGAAAAACCCCACGAUUAUUCUGCUCUCAGAUGUGCCAUUUUAACCGCUCCUCUGACCUCAGUUUCCGCUCACACUCUAACUGCUUUGCUUUUCCUCCAAACCACACAUGCAGCAUGUGACUGCGGAGGGUCUGUACAUUAUGAGGCUGAGAGGUGAUUUGCGAAAGAACAACUCAACAACUCAGAUUCGGCCAUGGACCACUUCAGCCCUCGAUAUGUUUCUGGCUCUGCUCCCAGCAUCAUAAAUCUCUGUUCAUUUUACUUAAGUCACAUUUUUAUCACACCUGGAUCACUUAAAUAAUGCAUAGACCUUUUUAUAUGCUGUUCUAGAAACCCUGUAUUUUUCAUGCAUAUCUGUCAUCAUCUAGACUGUAUAGGCGUUGUGUUUUCUCAGCCGUAAAUCCCCUGACUUUUGCAGGUGAUAUAUUCUCAUUUACAUUUGUGCUCGGCCUCGGUGCAAAGCUCAGCCCAGGCCUUCCCACAGCCUUAUAUGUUUAGGUCAUAUUUCAAUGCAGGGCUCUGCUAAACUUUCCUCCUCUAACCUCCAGUAAGGCUGCUGCAGUUUAACCUCUAUUGCCUCCCCUUCCUUUCUUAAGCUACAAGCUUCUGUCCUCGCACCACAACUACUGUACCUUUUUUGUAAGAAUAUAUAUUCCUGUUUCACGUCAUUUUACAAAAAAAUAAAAAAACUUCUAACAAGGCCAGUGGCGUCACUACAUCUGAAAUCAAGUCAUGCUGCUAGGAAAUAAUUUAUGUAAUCUGUGUUUUUGUCAAAGUAAUUUUGGAUCUGUAUCAUAAAAUGGCACAUUUUUUCUAUUAAACCAACAAUAAAGAUGUAACAUGAAAACAA